GGUGUGAAUGAAUGGAACAUAGCUCAUCUAAAUACAGUCCUGGGAUGUGGUUGAAGAAGACUGCGGUAUUUCUAUUGAGGGUGUGAAUACCCCUUAUCUCUAUUUUGGCAUGUGGAAAACCACAUUCGCGUGGCACACUGAGGACAUGGACCUUUACAGCAUUAACUAUCUUCACUUUGGAGAGCCCAAGUCUUGGUGCACUUGCAGGAAAGACAUGGUAAAAAUCUCAAUGGACAUCUUUGUGAGAAAAUUUCAGCCAGACAGAUACCAGCUUUGGAAACAAGGAAAGGAUAUAUACACCAUAGACCACACAAAGCCUACUCCAGAAUCUACCCCUGAAGUAAAAGCAUGGCUGCAGAGGAGAAGGAAAUUAAGAAAAACACCCAAGAGCGCCCAGUGCACUAGGUCUCAUUCUAAAAGGCCCAAAGCUGAGGAGGAUGAGGAAGUGUCACCUGAAGUCAAUGGGGAGGAGGUCCCCAGCUGUGACCUAGGCCCAGAAAACUGCAAGCUUGGUGGAAAUACAGAAGAAGGAUCAAAGCUGGGGAUCACAGACACAGUUUCAAAACAAGAGACCUCUGUCAGCAGGAUGCAGAAGGAUCAGAAUUUAUCAGAUAAUACCAAACUCUCAGGAAAUAGCUGCUUAAGUGCAUCUGUGAUGGAAGAAACAAAAACUGAAGAUGAGAAAGCCUGUGCCAUAACUACACCAUCUAUGUCUAAGAAGCCCAGUGAUUCCAUAUCAUCUAGUGGUCAGGUGAAAAUGGAAGAAUCAGACCCACCUGAGUACCCAUGGCCAAAAUCUCCUGAGUCAUAUUCUUCAGUGGCAGAGAGUAAUGAUGUGUUUACAGAGGGAGAAGAGAGUGAUGUUGAGGGCCAUGGAAGUGGCCUGGAACCUGGGGAAAUCCCAGUGCUCCUCAGUGAAGAGAGAAACAGCUUCAAAAUUCCCAGUACAAUAGAGGGAGAGACCAAAACUGCUAAGAGUUGGCGCCAUCCACUUACUAAGCCUCCAUCCAGGUCCCCAAUGACUGUUGUAAAGCAGCAGGUGGCAAGUGAUGAAGAAUUGCCUGAGGUUCCAUCCACUGAGGAAGAAGUGGAAGAAACAGAGUCCUGGGCAAAACCUCUCAUCCAUCUUUGGCAGACGAAGUCUCCUAACUUUGUGGCUGAGCAAGAGUACAAUGUAGCCACAGCAAAAAUGGAGCCGUACUGUGCUAUCUGUACUCUGCUCAUGCCAUACUACAAGGCAGAUAGAAGCAAUGAAGAAAAUGAUACUAGAUGGGAGACAAAAUUUAAUGAAUUGUCCAUGUCAAGAGAAAAAACUAAGCCCCUCAUUCCAGAGAUGUGUUUUAUUUACAGUGAAGAAAACAUGGACUAUUCCCCACCCAAUGCCUUCCUUGAAGAAGAUGGAACAAGUCUUCUAAUUUCUUGUGCAAAGUGCUGUGUACAAGUUCAUGCAAGUUGUUAUGGUGUUCCUUCUCAUGAGAUCUGUGAAGGAUGGCUGUGUGCGCGGUGUAAAAGAAAUGCGUGGACAGCAGAAUGCUGUCUCUGCAAUUUGAGAGGUGGUGCUCUUAAGCAAACUAAGAACAAUAAGUGGGCCCACGUCAUGUGCGCUGUUGCAGUUCCAGAAGUUCGAUUCACUAAUGUCCCAGAAAGGACACAAAUAGAUGUAGGCAGAAUACCUUUACAGAGGUUAAAAUUGAAAUGUAUCUUCUGCCGACACCGGGUUAAGAAGGUCUCUGGAGCCUGCAUCCAAUGUUCCUAUGGCCGCUGCCCAGCUUCCUUUCAUGUCACAUGUGCCCAUGCUGCCGGGGUACUGAUGGAGCCUGAUGAUUGGCCUUAUGUGGUGAACAUCACAUGCUUCCGACAUAAGGUCCUCCCAAACUUGAAGUCCAAGGCUUGCGAGAAGGCCAUCUCCGUGGGUCAGACCGUCAUCACAAAGCAUCGGAAUACUCGGUACUACAGUUGCAGGGUGAUGGCUGUGACAUCACAAACCUUCUAUGAGGUCAUGUUUGAUGAUGGCUCCUUCAGCAGAGACACAUUUCCUGAAGAUAUUGUGAGCCGAGACUGUGUGAAGCUGGGCCCUCCUGCUGAGGGAGAAGUAGUUCAAGUCAAGUGGCCUGAUGGCAAACUCUAUGGAGCAAAAUACCUUGGAUCAAAUGUUGCCUACAUGUACCAGGUUGAAUUUGAAGAUGGAUCCCAGAUAGCAAUGAAGAGAGAGGACAUCUACACCUUAGAUGAAGAGUUGCCCAAGAGGGUGAAGGCUCGUUUCUCCACAGCUUCUGACAUGAGAUUUGAAGACACAUUUUAUGGAACAGACAUAAUCCAAGGGGAGAGGAAGAGACAAAGAGUGCUGAGCUCCAGGUUCAAGAACGAAUACGUGGAUGACCCUGUGUACCGCACAUUUUUGAAGAGCUCUUUCCAAAAGAAGUGUCAGAAGAGACAAUAGUCCAUAUACAUACACUACUGUAGGCAAUAGCCACCUCAGGCUGGAAGAGGAAAGAUGAAGGGACAGUCUUGGGGCUAUGCCCUGUGUUUGGAUGGGGUAGGUGGCUGGGUGCCACCUAGUGGUAAAUCAGGCUUCCAGAGUUUGGUCAUCAAACAAACAAAACAUAUUAUGGGUUGGCUUCAGCAAUCUGAGGUCAUUCCUCAGUCUUACUUUCACUUGUGAGCAAUUGUCUUCUCUGGUCCCGAAGAAUUUUUCUAAGUAAAAGGAAAUAACAGAGGACCCACUAGAAAGAGCUACUGCCAGAGGUAAGGUAGUUCCCCACAUGUGGCUCAGACCCCUCCUCAGGAAACACAUAGAAGCUUCUCCUCCACUCCAGCAGGUGGAAGCCUCUGGACCCAGGUGGGAGGGUGAUAAUUUAUAUAUUUUCCACAGUCAGGGAAGGAUUCUCACUUAUUUGUUUUAAAUGGCAGUUUUUAUAAAACAUUUAAAAAACACAAAUGGCAUGUAUGGUAAUGAGAUUUACCCAUGUGCUAUCUGUAUUCCCUUGUACAGAAAUUUUACAUUUUUUUAAUAUUCCUAUUACUUUUGAUUGUGUCUGAUGAGAACUGAGUUGAACUUUGUGAAAUGAAAUUUUUGGCUCUUGAGGAAGAAUUCUUAGGAAUUCUAUGGGAAUUUUAUAAAUUUAAAGAGGGAGAUCUGGGGCUGUUAUUUUUAAACACUUUUUUUCAUAAUACCUAUUCUGAGUAGAUAUUUAUAAAAUAUAUGUUUCUUUCAUUAUGUGUUUGUAAAAUUAGAGUUUAAAUAAAUGCUUUGAUGCAUAGUUUUGAACUAAUAUAACAUGAUUUUUCCUUUUAA